UUAAUUACUCAAACGUACAAGUCUUUUCAUAUUGGGAAAAUUUUCAAAAGAAACUUUGCUGCCAAGAAAUUUCGUCAAUUUUUUCAUUUUCAGUUAAUUCAAAUAAAAUAUAUUUUAUUUGAUUUUGCUGUCCAAAUUAAACUACAUUUUUACCAGUUAGAACUAUUUUUAAUACAAUUAUUAGCUAAAGAAACCUUUUCAAAUGGAUAAGCCGCUGACUAAGGUAAACCAGAGCAAUGAGUCGAGCAUUUCAACCACCGGUACCACGGGUUCACCACAGUUUUCCGACACUUUAGAGAACAAUGUCAAGUACAUGAAUUUAAAUUUCGUCGACAAUUCAGAGUCCUCCAGUCAAGCCAAAGACCAGGGCAUUGAUUUUCAAAAGCUUCCACAAACCUUCGAUGCUGCUGCGCCCAAAGCCACAAAACCACCACCCAGUAAGAUACUACCGUCCAAUAUACCGUUACCGGGCAAGUUUGACAAUCAAAAACAGAAAAUUGCCUGCACGCUGAAGGAGAAAUCGCUACUCGAAAUGGGUUUCAAAACCAAUGAGAUACAGGGUUGGGAAGAUAUUGUACAGCCGCCCAAAGAGAAUCUCUACAAACUGUUACGCAACAUGAUUGACAACCACAUCAAACCGAAUGUGCAGAUACGCAUCGGUGGCGUGACCUUCAACUGUCACAUGAUGGUGCUGCAGUGCUACUCGGACUUCUUCAUGGAAUGCAACAACGAGGUGCUAAUACAAUUGCCCGAAGAAAAGAUAACACCGGGCGCCUUUAUGAUGGUCUACGACUGGAUGUUGGCCGAGGAACCGUUGGUGCAGCGUGAAGGCAUACUGGAAUUAUUCAAUGCUGCCAAUUUUCUACGCAUUAAGAAUCUGGUGAAUCAAUGUUGGCUUUGCUUGGACGAUGAUGUGCGCUUCCGUGAGGAUACUGCAUUCCUACUGUACCUUGAGGCACGCAAUUAUAGCCUGGAGAGUUUGGAACAAUUGAUGUUGACACGCAUUUGCAAAUUUUUCCUAACACUUGUCGCCUCCAAAGAGUACUUAGAGCUGGCGACGAAAGAGAUUUGUACGCUUUUGAGCUCCAACACAAUUGGUGUGAAUUCGGAAAUUGAGAUCUUCAUGUCGGUGGUGCGUUGGCUGAACUAUAAUUGGGAAGAACGUGAGCCGGACAUGUUGCAGGUUGUCAAGUGCGUACGUUUCAGCUUGAUGCCACCAUGGUUUCUUGUGACACUCAACAAAAAUAUCGACUGCGUUGAGAUCGAUCGUAUUGCCAGUCAUCCGGAGGUGAAACGCAUGAUCAACGACGGCAUAUCCUACACCACAACUCAACUAUACUAUGGUGAAAAUCGUGAAGAAUUCUUACAUUUCCUGGAACGCUAUCAGCUGAUUGCACCUGUGCAACGUCAGUGGGUGUUCGACAAGGAAUGUAGUUAUCACCAUCGACUCGAAUGCCCGAAUAUGCAGUAUGUUACGUACAAAUCGUUUUUGGAGUAUCUGGAGAUGAUACAUACGAUUGGCAAGGACUAUUGGCGCUCGCUGGAAAUGGCUAAGGGUGUGGAGAAGUCGAUGCAGUGUUGCGUACGCUCCGAUUGUCGCAAAUUGAACGAGCAAAAUUUAGCUACGGUUUUCACAAUGCAAUGUCGCGAUCAGGGUGUACAAGUUGAGACCAGCUUAAGACAACGCAAGCCACUGCUACGAGAUCAACGUUGCUUUGGCGACCACAUGACCACCAUGGUGAAUUCCGCGAGUCUCAAAAACCUCAGCAAAAUAACCACUAGUCAAGUGCUGCCUUCCACCGCAUCCAGUUGCUAUGAAUUUCCAUACAGAAUGCAACAAGAUCAACACCACCACAAACACCAACGAUAUCCACAGCGAUAUGCGCAAUUCCAAGAACUCGACCCACAGCCAUUUAAGUACAGUUAUCAAUGCAGCAACCAAAUCAACAACAACAAUACCAAUGAGGACAAAGCCAUGCCGAAUGAGUUGCACGAGAUGAAUUAUGACGUCCACUGCAUAUUGAAUGAUGACUGCGAAGCAAACAAUGAAGUGCAUCAUUGUAUUGAGGAUGGUUGGAUGGAAAGGGGCGUGAGUAAUACUGCCGAAAGCGCAGUAGACGGUCAUAAGACAAUGGCGCAGCCGUUGCGUUUGCAUACGAAGCGGUCACAAAAGCUAAGCAACAAUACCGUUGAUACGAAACCGAAGACAUUUCUGUCACGCAUAGAAUGCCGCAAUGAACCGCUGAUGGGGCAGCAACAGCAUGUGACACAAAUAAUGCAAACACCGCAAUUUGGUUUGCCCACAGUCGAGGAAGUGGAGUUUAAAGCCAUCAAAGGUCGUAAGAUUCUCAUAUUUGGUGGCAUCGAUCCGUACUGUCAGCAUUGUCAGCAUGAUAAAGUUAUGGCAUUGCAACAACAACAGCAGCAACGCAAGCGCACUCAAACUGUGGGUGGCAGUGAUGCGGACAUUUUGGAGCCGUCGCAUUAUGCUAACGGUAUUGGUGGUUGCAGCGCUUGCGGCGGUCUUAAUCCACAGUUCAAUCCGAUGGAUAAUUAUGGCGAUCGUGUGCUGUACUAUGAUGCUGGCGCCGUGCAAUGGAAACAUUUGUGUUAUCUGCCCUUCGGUUCUCGGCAUCAUCACGCAGCUGUUGUCUGCAAUGGGCUCAUCUAUAUUAUAGGUGGCACUAAAACGGCGCUGGGUUGCACCAAGAAGUCGAUCUUCGAAAAAUCAGUCUGGAGCUUCGAUCCGCUGACUCUGAAAUGGACUUUUGAGAGCAAUUUACCAGAGCUGAGACGCGACUUUGCGGCGAUUGUGUCUGAUGAGUACUGCGGUGGCGAGGUUGCUUGCGAGCAUUGCAAAGGCAUAAAGGAACAGCAAAAGCAAAGAAAUGUCAAAUGUGUUAACGGUUUCUUCGUAAUUGGCGGCGAAGGGGUUAAUGGUACCGCUUUACGUACUGUGUGGUACUACAAUGUGCUACGGAAGACAUGGAAGAAGAAAGCCACUUUGCAUGUGGGUCGCUACGGCUUGAUGGCUGCUAUGGUGAAUAACGAGAUUUGGAUUGCUGGCGGCAUAAUCGAAACCAAAACGAGAGCAUCCGACAACUAUGAGGGUUUCGUCGCUACUUCAAUGCCGACCGCCGAUGCCAAUAUCCAAGGUGCCAUGAAUGGCGGGGACAGAGCGGACAAUGGAGGUAGUGGUGACAGUUUUGCUGUCGAGGCAACAAAAAGUGCAGUCGUCGAUGUAAUCACCGAUACGAUGGAGUAUUACAGUUUGAAGUGUGCUUACAGCGACGAAUACGUUUCGGAUGUGCCAAUGGCUAAAGUCAAUGAUGUGAAUGGUGAUGCUGUCGCAAUUGCUGCCACUGCCGCUGCCGCUAGUGAUGGCACUCAACCCACUAUCGGGCAUAUGGGUAGAAGCUUUGAGAGUGGACGUUGGAUUAAGGCAAAGCAGCGUUUGCGCAUACCACGUUUAUUUGGAAAAUUCUGCAGACCUUCGGACAAUGAACUGUAUGUUGUCGGUGGUAUAGGUUUUGAUUCCAAUAAUAUACUAACGUCAUUAUCCUCUGUUGACCAAUAUGACUUUGGUGAGGGUCAUUGGCAUCACUACGGCGAUAUUAAAUUGGCCAGACAUGGCCACGAUAUUGCUACACUUAAUGACCGCAUUGUUGUUGUUGGCGGCGUCUCCACCAUCGCGAAAUGCACGUUGACUAAGGUGGAAACGUUUUGCAUGAAAACGCGCAGAAGCUUCAAGGAUAUGCCGGAGUUGCCGUGGCCAUUGUCGGGCUGUGCUGUGCUCGCCUUGGAUUGAUGUGUUUGGUACAAGUGGAGCCUGGAUGGAAGAAAGUACUCAAUGACAUAAAAUGUUAUUGAUAGACUUUUUUUGAUU